AUGGCGCUCGGCUCGCAUCCCUUUCUGCAGCGGCUGCUGCAUCGCCACGAGCGGCUCCUCUCUGCCGCAGCUGGGGCGACCGCCGCCAGCGAAGGUGACAAGAAAGGCUCUUCUGUCUCCGCGCCCGCAGAACGCUCAGUCGUCGUGCUGCUCCCCAGCGAGGACAGCAUGCGAGGCCUCAACCCUGCUGAACAGUUGCUGGUCGAAACUCACAUCUGUACGCCGACCGCGACCGCAUCCCAGUUCGUGAACUUGCGAGGCCAGGGCAUCCACAGAGAGGACCGGACGCUUGUCUCAGGGUUCGGCUUCUCCUCGUCCUUUCGCGUCGAGAUCCUCGCAGAGGAGGUGAUUUACAACGACGGCGUGGUUCUGCAGUGUUUCUUGAUCGCGGCGCCUCUCUUGCCGAACGCGGCCGCUGCUGCGCCUGCCUCGUCCACUGCCUCGGCGCGCGGCAACGCUAUCGAGCCGACCACGGGACCUGACCAGGCUCGGGCGACUGCGGAGGAACGUGAAAACCUCGAAAAAAUCGAGCGAGCCAUUUUGGCAGAGACGUCUCGCUGGCGCGCAAAGGCAGGCGCAGCGGUGGAGAACCAACUCGACGAAGAAAUUCGGUUCUUCAAAGAGACCUACGUCCUUGCGCUCGGAUGCGACGCUGAGAUCGCCUUGCGCCUACGCGAGCUCGUGACCCUCUGUACGCAGCGCGUGCUAGGGCUGCUCGCUCCAGCCUUGGCGUCUCCUCAGGGCGGCAGCAACGGCGGGGCUGCGACGGGCCUCGUUGGAGCUCUAGGCGGUCGCUCCUCUGCGGGGCCCGCCGCGGGGCCCCUCGCCGCGGUCGCGGCCGCGGUCGGAGGCGGCCGCUUUUUGGGGCGCGGAGCGGCGGCGUCGCAGAGGCCCGAGGGACAGGGGCCGCCAGCCAGCAACGAAGGCGUCGCCACGGCAGUGGAAGGUUUCGUUUUCCUGCGCGUUCACGACACAUUGUGGACGUUCGCCGUGAAGGCCCUUUCAAAACGACAGGCGAGGCUUGAGGCGAAGCUGAAAGGCCUUCGAGAAAACCUCCCGUUUCUUUACGACCGGCUGCAAGUUAAACCCCUUCUGCGAGGGGUUUCGUUCCAUGCUUCGGCUGAGCUGCUCAACCAGCUUUCCGCGUGGAAACUGCCGCAGCAGAAGACGGCGUGUUUGGCCUGGGCGGUUCGCAACCUCCAGCGCGCCUGCAGAAGCCAUGUUCACCAGCUGCACGCGCGUCAGCAGCGAAGGGCGGAGCUCGAGAGGAAGCAGGCGCGGCUUGGCGCUGCGGCUGCGCUCCCUUCUUCUCCACAACCUGUUGAAAUCACGGUGGAUGACCUGGUUGCUCUGCUGCUGGUGGCGGCUGCGCUGAGCGGCGGGCGCCAGCUGCUGGCGAACGUCUGGCUCAUGACGGUGUUCAACUUGCAGAAGCCGCGAGAGGCCCAGUUCGACGAGAGCUCCUUCUACCUGACCACGCUUCACUCUGCCCUUUCCUUCGCGCUCGUCGUUGACUUGCCGGAGGCCCCAAGCGGCCUGCCACGCACGGGGGGAGAGCCUGCCCUGCGAGCUGCCCAUCUCGAGCGUCCGUAA